AUGACCGUUCUUACGGAUACGAAUGGUGCGAUGAAAAACGAUUAUCGGCCACCCUCUUGGAAUGGACAUCGCACGUUCUUGUCGAUCGACGAGGAAGAAGCUUCUCACAGAGUUGGAUCCUUCUCCUUGGCCGAGGGCAACGAGCUCAAGCCCCCGGAAGCGAGAUUCCACGCAUGGAUUUUCCCCUUGCUGUGGUGCGCCGCCUUCUCGGCCGGCUGUCAGUCGCUCAUGGGUCCCUAUAUUCCGUAUCUGGCGUACGAUAAGUAUUCCCUCGAGAUGAUAGACAUGUCAAUUAUUUUCGCCAUAAACCGGGGUGCGACUGCCAUCGGAGCUCUCCUUGCCUACUGUGUGAUAAACGCUUCCAACGGAGCAGCAAUGCUCAAGUCGGCCACUUUUCUUGCGGGCGCAUCUUACGCUGCUUACGGAGGGCUGUUCUAUCUCAGAGAAACCCAUACCAUGGAAUACAUGGGUGCCGCGAGUGCACUGUACGGAAUGGCGGGAUUCAGUCAUUCGUUUUUCUUGGUGUUCUCGUUGACGAUUCUAUUCUACCACUACGCGAAGAAAUUCCAGCUGUACAUAUGCCUCUUCGAGUUCAUGAUUGGAUUAGGAGGAAGUUGCUGUCUCGUUGCGGCCUACUACGUUUUUCAACAAUGCAAAGCCAUGCCGUUCUUCAUCAUUGGUGGAUGUCUAGCCUUCGGCUCACUUUUCGCGUGCACAGUGAGCCCGGAUCGGGGAAUUCCGAGCAAGCGGAGUACGGUGACUUCUCGGAACACAUGCCGUCUGCUUUGUGGCAUUCCUCUCCUCAUCGACAUGCUGACAAUUGCUUGUGCCGGAAUCAGUUACGCCUAUCUCGAAGUCAACCUCUAUCGAAACGUUGGGAAGCUUGAGGGCCUCUCGGACUUGUUCCGCACCACUUACCUAUUCGCUGGUUUCUUCGCUUUUUAUUCCAUUGGGAUCCUGAUAUUCGGCACGAUCGGCCUCACAUGGCACACGGAGUCAUUCAGCGCCUUCUUGGCACAGGUUUGUGCAACAACAGGAUUCAUCAUCGGUACCCCAGUGCUGGAACAGAUCCUGGGCUAUCCAAUAGACGGGAAAAACGAGUGA